AUGUUCCACCCCGUGGACUAUUUGUACUCGCGCUUGUUGAUUCACAACCAGGUCCCGGUCCUUGACGCGAACGACCACGUUCAUCGCGAAGCGGUCGGUCUCGAAGAGAUGUUCCACCCCGUGGACUAUUUGUACUCGCUCCUGUUGAUUCACAACCAGGUCCCGGAUGUUGAGCACUAA